AUGGCGCAGGGUACUGAGGGUGAAGGCUCGAAGCGGAAGCGUCCCUCUGCUGGUGAAAAGCCAGCAAAGCGGCGCAGACCUUCGAGCGAAGAAAGUGAAGAUCCGAAUGCAAAGAUCCUUCUUAUGGAACAGGGAAUCUUGGAAUCGAAAAAGAACUACAACGACAUUACCGUUUUGUUGAGCACAGCGGGAGACUAUGAGAAGGGUGAGCCAGAAUCGAUGCUGGCCGCAGUGGCCCUUUGCAGAAUAUUCGUCAGGCUGCUUGCUCAGGGAGCCCUCAUUGCCCGAAAGUCUUCGUCGGGGAAGGAUGCGGUGGUUGUCAGCUGGCUCAAGGAUCAGUUUUCCCAGUAUAAGACACUAUUGGUGAAUCUGUUGGGCGAGGAGGAGCUCGCUGUCACUGCUCUUACCUUGGGCAUGAGAUUGCUCAAAGCUGAAGGAGAGUUCCUGUACGACAAGGAGGAGUACUCAUUCCCCACGGCGUUCAUGGAGAAUAUCGUCAAGGCUGUGCUGUUGUCAGACAAUGAUGAUGUAAGGCGAGCUUACAUUGAGGAAUUCGCGGAGCAAUACGAUGAUAUUCGUUAUUUUACUUUCAAAUCUGUCAGGAGCAUUAUUGAAAGCCUGACUGAAGAGGAUGAGUCGGAGGACGUGUUUGACAGAGUAUUCGCCUUGAUUUCUGCUCUCGACGGUGUGCCGGAAUCUGCAGAGGAUUUGGAGGAUUUUUACGUUCCCAAACCUAAGAAGAAGUCACAUCCUUUACGUUCAAUCACCCAACACAAGAAGCAGGGCCAAGAAGCAUGGCUGGCGUUGAUGGGUGUCGUCGACUCCAAAGACCAGCGGAAGCGUCUCCUCGAUAUCAUCUCGACCAUUAUUGCUCCGUGGCUCACAAAGCCAGAAUUGCUAGCAGACUUUCUUACCAACUGCUACAACGCAGGUGGAUCAAUGUCACUCCUCGCACUGUCUGGAGUGUUUUACCUUAUCCAAGAACGUAACUUGGACUACCCAUCAUUCUACCCCAAGCUGUACUCACUCCUUGAUCGAGACAUAUUACACUCAAAACACCGAUCCCGAUUUUUCCGACUUCUUGAUACGUUCCUGGCGUCUACUCACCUUCCUGCCUCUCUGGUGGCAAGUUUCCUGAAGCGAUUGUCUCGGCUGGCGCUGAAUGCGCCGCCCAGUGCCAUCGCGUUUGUCAUUCCCUGGAUAUACAACGUGCUGAAGCGUCACCCUACAUGUACAUUCAUGGUACACCGGGUGAUCAAAGAUCCUGAGGAGAAGCAGCGUAUCAAGGACCAUGGGUUUGAAGACCCGUUCGUGGCGGACGAGGCUGAUCCGACGCAGACGCGAGCGAUUGAUAGUUGUCUGUGGGAGCUUGUGCAGCUGCAAUCUCACUACCACCCCAACGUUGCGACUAUUGCAAAGGUCAUGUCUGAGCAGUUUACGAAGCAAUCGUACAAUAUGGAGGAUUUCUUGGAUCACUCAUAUGCCAGUCUUUUGGAUGCCGAGCUGGGCAAGGAUGUCAAGAAGGCACCUGUGAUUGAAUUCCAGAUUCCAAAGAGGAUAUUCCUACCGCUGGAUGAGCCAGCGACAACCCCGGAUAGUCUGUUGGUUAGAUUAUGGGAUUUUGGGACACCAGCCUGA